CUUUUCAGCCCCGGGUCCAUGACUUUGGAACCUUGACUUUGUCUUGGGGGAAGCUCCAGGCCACCUGGACCUUCUAAUCCUGCUAGUCCCUCCUUUUCCCAUCCAGAGAUCAAUGAGCUCAGCCAGGUCCCUCUCCCUGUGAUGCUGCUUCCAGACGACUUUAAGGCCAGCUCCAAGAUCAAGGUCAACAAUCAUCUUUUCCACAGGGAAAGUCUGCCCAGUCAUUUCAAGUUCAAGGAGUACUGUCCUCAGGUCUUCAGGAACCUCCGUGACCGGUUUGGCAUCGAUGACCAGGACUAUUUGGUAUCCCUUACCCGGAGCCCCCCAAGUGAAAGUGAAGGCAGUGAUGGUCGCUUCCUUAUCUCCUAUGAUCGGACUCUGGUCAUCAAAGAAGUGUCCAGUGAGGACAUUGCUGACAUGCAUAGCAACCUCUCCAACUACCACCAGUACAUUGUGAAGUGCCAUGGCAACACCCUGCUGCCCCAGUUCCUGGGGAUGUACCGAGUCAGCGUGGACAACGAAGACUGCUACCUGCUCGUCAUGCGCAACAUGUUUAGCCACCGCCUUCCUGUGCAUAGGAAGUAUGACCUCAAGGGGUCUCUAGUGUCCCGGGAAGCCAGCGAUAAGGAAAAGGUUAAAGAGUUGCCCACCCUUAAGGAUAUGGACUUUCUCAACAAGAACCAGAAAGUUUAUAUUGGUGAAGAAGAGAAGAAAGUAUUUCUGGAGAAGCUCAAGAGAGAUGUGGAGUUCCUAGUACAGCUAAAGAUCAUGGACUACAGCCUUCUGCUGGGCAUCCACGACAUCAUCCGGGGCUCUGAGCCAGAAGAAGAGGGGCCUGCCCGGGAGGAAGAGGCAGAGGGGGAGGGAGACUGUGGCCUGACUGGACCUGCUGCUGUGGUGGGCUCCUAUGGCACCUCCCCGGAGGGCAUCGGCGGCUACAUCCAUUCCCAUCGGCCUUUGGGCCCUGGAGAGUUUGAGUCCUUCAUCGAUGUCUACGCCAUCCGGAGUGCUGAGGGGGCCCCCCAGAAGGAGGUGUAUUUCAUGGGUCUCAUUGACAUCCUGACACAAUAUGACGCUAAGAAGAAAGCAGCUCAUGCAGCCAAGACGGUCAAGCAUGGGGCUGGAGCAGAGAUCUCUACUGUCCAUCCUGAGCAGUACGCUAAGCGAUUCCUGGAUUUUAUUACCAACAUUUUUGCCUAAGAGGCUGCCUGACUCCACAGUGACUGCUGCUUGCUGUUCAGGGUGGCGAGGUUCUGAGAGGCUUGGAGGAACGGGGGAUAUUUUGACCAACACAUCUUUGCUUCCUCCUGUGCGCAAUUCAGGCUGCGGGCGCCUUCCAUCCAAAUAACCCAUUUCGUUGCAUUGGCUCUUCCUGGCCAUCAGAAAUACAUUGUCCUUUCCUUCCCUAUUGCCCUCCCCGGACAAGUCUGUUUGCUUCAUUAGGGUGUCAUUGUUGACUCUCCCAAGUGCCUUGAUCUUUGUAAAAAGUCCUAUUGUUUCUAUAAAAGAAAAAGAGCUCGGGGGUGGGGUGGGGGGGUUGUUUGCGAUCUUCAGAACCUGAUUGGAUGGAUGGACCUGGUUCAAGCAAUUACUCUGGAUGCACUUUGCUGUGCGGAAUGAACUAAAGUGUAUGAAUUUUACUGAGAACUUUAUAGAGCUUACUGUGUCAUGCUUCAAUCCCAGAAGGCCUUGGGAUGGAGAGCAUUAAAGAUACAAAUGUGGGUGCAGGCAUGAAAUCGGCCAGUCUUGAGCACAGAGGUGGUGUAGAGUGGUCAGCGUGCUGCCUGCCCCUGGAGGUGUGGGACCGAAGACAACUCUCAGGAUUAUGCCAGGAUCUGGAGAGAAUCCGCACCCAGGAUUGACCACCCGCCCAUUUCUUCCCGCCAGCAGCUCCCUUCCACCCUCCCCACCUGUACUCCCUCCCGGGUGCAGGGGCCCAGAGAUGGCUCACAUGUUGGAAGCCUCAGGCAAAGUGUUUGACUGUUGCUGCUCGUCAGGACAGCCUCACAUCUCUUCUGGAGGCCUUCAGUGGGCCUGUGGCCAGUUUGAGAGAUGGGUGAAGGCGUGAGGGUAUGAGUUUCAUUCCCUUAGACUGAUCUGUCGCAUAAGAAGCUACAAGGUGGAAUCCCUCUCUUUUCAUCCAAAGGAAGACAAGAGGAGUCCUCAGUUAGGGGUUGAAGCCCCCUAAUCUUCCCAUCAUAGGCCUGAUGGAUCUUUUUCAUUCCGAACGUUGACCUUUCCCCAUCAAAUGCAAUAAAACUCCAUGGCACCAGCAACUAUUCUCUCUAAAUGGGUUUUCUGACUAUGUGGCUGAUGGAUCAUGGGCAGCGUGGUCUGCAUUUGUUGCUUCUGUUUUUCAACUUUUUGUUUUCUUAAGAAAGAUCUUGUAUAUUUACUCCCAUUGCUGUCACAAUAUAGAAAAUAAAUUAUUGAAUCCAAA